UGUUGGAGGACAUCCUCAUUCCUGGCUUUAUAUGGCUGCUGGGACAAGAAUUUAGGUGUUUUUUGUGGAGAAAUUCUUGUGGAAAAACAGUGGGUUUUGGCAACAGUACCUUGCGAUUACAGAAUAGAUGAAUUGGAAUACAGUUUUUCUUGGACCUCCUCGGACAUCCAUUCCUAAAGAAGAACAGCAGAUAUUUGGGAUUAUGGAAACUUUUCCUCAUUAUCUGUUUGACCACCCUUCCUUUGAUAAUGACAUACUCCUCAAGCUGAAUGAUACUGCCAAAGUGAAUAAAUAUGUGCAACUUUUGCCUCUGCCUAACUUUUUUGAAGAUGUUGAACCAGGCACAGUCUGCCGGGUGGCUGGAUGGGGAGACACAUCACCAGACGUCCUUGAGCAUUUGAAACGGAUGUGAGAGAGUUUUUAGUCCUCAUGCAAAACAACCAACUAAACAUAACAGAUUACAUCAGCUCAGGCUUUUCAAUUCCUGGAUGGCAGCAGAGUGCUAAUCCAACCUUCAUCCUGGAUUUCAUAAACUGAAACAAGGGAGGCUGGCAGGAGCAGCGCUGCCGGAUUGAGGAAGCUGACGACGGUGCAACAUGUGGGCAACACACUUUAUAAAGCUCAUAAACUUGUAGGCUGAUGUGUGCAGCUACCACUUUGGAUUCUGUACCGCUGCUUCCCUCGGCAAGAGGCACCAGCAGGCUGAGCACUGAGACCUGCUCUCUGGGAUGGAGCAUUUACCCCUGCAAGACAUGAAGGGCUUCCUGUUCCUCACACUCCUCCUGAUGCCUGUGCCUGCUGGAGCUGCUUGGAGUGCGAAAUACGCAGUAGAUUGCCCUGAUCCCUGUGACAGUAAUGCAUGCAAAAGCACCGCGCGCUGUAAGCGAACAGUGCUGGAUGACUGUGGCUGCUGCAGAGUCUGUGCAGCUGCUCUGGGGGAGACUUGCUAUCGUACUGUCUCGGGUAUGGAUGGUGUCAAGUGUGGUCCUGGGCUGAAGUGCCAGUUUUACACUGAGGAGGAUGACUUUGGUGAUGAAUUUGGUAUCUGCAAAGAGUGUCCCUAUGGUAGCUAUGGAAUGGAAUGCAGGAAAACCUGCAACUGUCCCUCUGGCAUCUGUGACAGAGUAACAGGGAAGUGUCUGAAAUUCCCGUUUUUUCAACUGCCUGCUUCAAAGCCUCCAAAUCGGCGAAAAAUAUCUUCACACACAGACAAUGACAUGGCAUCAGGGGAUGGAAAUUCUGUAAAAGAGGAAUUUGUUAAAGAGAAAGUUAUUCGCUCUCCAGUAAUGAAAUGGCUAAAUCCUCGCUGAUAUUUACUUGCACUUGUAAGACUUUCAAGUGAAUGCAUUUCUCACAGAUUAUUGAAUAUGCAACACACUUUAAGAACAAAGUAGAUCUAUAAUGUAUGAAUAUAUAAUCUCUGAAGCUCAAAUGUGACCCAUUUUUAAUGAGAAAAAUGUUUACUUAAAAAUAGACUGUACAGUGUAUAUGACUUUUGAUAUUUGUUUUGAUAAGUAUUUGAACAGCCACAUUUGCAUUGUGGCUUUUUGAAUGUAUAGUAAUACUGAAAAUCCAACACGAUCAUUUAAAUAGUGCCAGAGGCUGACUCUUGCCAACCUGAUGCUGGAAAAGCUCUCACUGAAUGAAGGGGACAGUUUGGGUGAGUGAUACUAUUGAUGUGGAACCAUUGUGAAAGAAACACAUAUAAACAACACCUCAGAUGGAAGGAACACCCCUGUUCAGUAACAAUAAUAACAACAAAAGCACAACAGUAUGAAUUAAAUAAACUGACAGAAGUUGUUAACAAUUUUCUAGUUUUUUGGAAGUUUGGUGACAAUUCCUCAGAGACAAAUAUGCCUUUCUUCAGAGAGAAACAUCCAGCACUUCAGUUUAUACAUUGUGAAUAACUUAGGCAAGACACUGCAGACAUAUAUUGUAUUUAGUUGAAUUUCUAAAAUUAAAUUUUGUACAGAAAAACAGCAGAUUGGUAAAUUCUACCAAUUUGUAGAAGGGGAUCUGAAACAAAAGAAGCUGCUUAUCAUUAUUUAAAUAUAUAUGUUUCUAUAAACCAGCUACUUGGUGUCAUUAAGGCGAUAUCUGAAUUUUUUCUGGAAGAGUGGUGAGAGGCCAGCAAAGGGACCUUCAUGCUUUCUGUCUUCCUUCUUCUGGCUAUGGCAAGAUGUGACUCACAGGGAGUUUAUUUGAACCAGGGAAGUCUUGAACCCUCAGCAAGUGUUAGUGCUGCCACAGACUACAGUAUUUUGGUAUCCAGUCCUUUAUUUCUCAAUUGCAUGGCAGGUAGUCCCAUUUCAGCCAGGAGAAAAACUUAUACAUAUCAGAGUGUUGCAGGAACAGGCAGCCCCUCAUUCAGUCUAAGCUGGCUAAUAUUUGUAUAAGUUAAAAAUCAUCACUGAGAAGGGCUUGCUAAUAUGCCUGAAAACAACCAGAUCCACCGGCAAUGAAAAUUGAUGUUGCUAUGUCAGAGUGAACCUGGAUGCCAUGAGUUUAGGAACAGCCUUGUAACACAAAGCACUCUGAUUGGGAAUGUGGCUUGAUUUUAAUGUUUCCUUUGAAAUCAGCCUGAGCUUUGAUAGUGACUGCAGUGAAAGAAAGAACGCAGAGUACAGCAGCCAGCGUUAGUUCAGGAUCUAAAAGCAUGCUUUUAAAACUAUGAACAACAGAAACUCUGAGGCCUUUAAAGACAUUCAAAGUCAACAUCUGUGAAAGCAGGAUGCUUUCACCUGGGAAAGCAGGCAUGAAUCAUGCUGAUCUGGAAUAAGAGGAUGAUGACAGCAGUAGACAUCCAAAUGUCACAAUGAAAGUGCAGGUUCUCUUGCCAUGAUAAUUGAAGACAUACAAACAUAAAUCUCAAACUAGCAUAAUACCACAUUUUAAUCAGUAUUGAAUGUUAGGGUCUGAGAGGGAAUAAUGUUUUCUUGGGCUAUUUACUAGCAAGUGAAUUGAUUCUAAUCUACUGAUAUCAAAAGUAAUUUUUUUUCUUGAUUUCAGUGAGAGCAGGAUCAAACCCAUGGUCUUCCAGCAGACUGAUGAGAAAUAUUUAAAGAAUGUAGUAAAUACUGCAUACAUUAUUAAUAUUUUGCAACAGUGUCAUAAAUGACAUUACGAGUUCUUGAAUGUAAAUCUAAUAAGUCAGUUGGUUUUAAAGAGUGUAAUAUUAUUAUUGUUCAAUAAAAAAACCUAAAAAGCAACAACUGAAAGCA